AUGUCAUACAUGUCGCCAAAGAAAGGUCAAGAACAGUGUGGUGGUGAGGAACCUGCAUGCCGGAGAUGUUUAAACCAUGGGCUUCAAUGCCCAGGCUAUUCACGGAAGCUCGAGUUUGUUUUCUAUGACACAGAUCCAGCUGGGAAGCGGAAUGCUCUAGUCAAACCGAGCUCGGAGGCUCGAAAGUCUUCCAGUGCAAAUCAGAUGUUACAGUCCAAGAAGAAACCGUCAAUGAAUCAACAUGCAGUCAUCGUUACGAACAACUCCGACAUCCUACAUGAAUCGUCAGGGUAUUCGCUGGCGGCAUCCCAGAAUAAGACUGGAUUGAUGGCGGUACUCAGAGAACGAUAUGUACCUCAGCUUCCCAAAUUUUCGACCGAGCAAGGAGUAAUGAAUGGUGCGAAUUGGAUAGCCACAGCUUGCUCUUUAGCCGCAGUUUCUGAAUAUUCCGAAAUGCUCAGUGACUCCUUAUUAGCAAUGUCCUUAUCUCUUGUCAGCCUUGAGCAACAUGAGGCUCAAUUAUCUACUGCUAGUCUGAAACAAUACUCUCUGGCAAUCAAUGGACUUCGGUCUAGUCUGGCUCCAGGUCCAUCAGGUUUAUCACAACAUCAGAUCGACGUCAGUCUUGUAAAGUGCUUGGCUUGUGGGAUGUACGAGAUGAUGACCAAUAAAUCUUUGAGUGCACUAAUGCGCCAUCUCAAUGGUGUCAAUGCAAUUCUCAAGGCAAGUGGAGUCCAAGGUCUACAAUCAGAAUCAAGCCGCCGAACAUUCUACGAGUAUAGGUCGAUAUACCUGCCAAUCGCUCUUAGUGUGCGCAAACCGAAUUUUUUGAGUUCAUCAGAAUGGAUUAAUCCUACGUGGAAGCGCUUAGAGCCACUAAGCUCCUCGAAUCUUCAUACUGUCAUCGACAUUGGUUUUGGGAUACCAGUCCUCAUGGAAAAGUUCGACGAACUUCAGCAACAGGAUCAGCAAGCCGACUCCGCAACGUACGUAGAAUCACAAUUGAAUAAUAUCAUCCUGGAAGGUCUUGCUAUGCAGCAAGCUUUUGAUGACUGGGAAUACCGUGUCCGGGACGGGAAUGAGGAGAUCCAACUUUAUAUACCACGAUUAGCCAAAUCGCCAGACCCCUUGGAUAUUUAUGGCAAUGGCGAAGUCUACUCGAUAUCCUUUACCUUUGCAAAUUGGGAUAAUGCGUCUGGUCUGUCCUACCACGAGAUGCUCCAAAUAACCCUCAACACUCUACUCACCGACAUCGAGGCAUAUGCUCGUCGCUCGAAUUUACAUCCACCCGCACUCUCUGGAAUCGACGCUUCGAAUCUGAACAAAAAAUCCAUCGAAUGCGCAGACAGGGUUUGUCAGUCUGUUGAGUGGUUCCUCGAAGACCAUAAGAGAUUGAUAGGUCGCAUGGUAAUCCUUGCACCCUUCGAAACCGCAAGAGGUUUGUUUGCUAGACUUUGUCGAGACAGCAUAGGGGAUGUACUGCAAGAUGCAGUGCUGAUAAAGAAAAGGAAGUUUUGCGAAAUGACUACACAGCGCAUUAGGGACAGUGGGUUACCUGUCUGGGCCGAAUAA